AUGUUCAAGAAUACACAUCAGCCCCUGCCAGACGAGCGCGUAUCGGCAAUAACGGACUGGCUCAUGGCCUGCCAGGCUGACGGGAUGGCAUCGCCAACACCACCAAGCGAAUCUGUUUCGUCCAGUCAUGACAGUCGCUCCUCUAGACAUUCUGCAUAUAAAUCUCGAACAUCUAGACCUAGCAAGCGAAUAUUGCCGCAGACUUACCGUAUACAGAACAUAUCUUAUGCUGGAAUCUUCAUUGAAAAUCUGGCUGAACUCCCGCCAGAGAUCGAACGCAGAUUGCGGCACAUACUAAAAGCCGAAUCUUUAGAGGACAUACUUGGUACAGCGGAACACGAAUCCCAGCAGGCGACCCAUGUAGAAAAGUUCCUGAACGAGUCACGUUAUAACGUAAGAGGUUGCUUGUUCGAAGCGGACUUGAAAGACAGUUUAUCCCGUCUUGUGCGUGAAUUGGCUCAAGACAACCUCCGAUGUCAUGCAUCUAGACAGCUCUGGAACCCCGACCUCAAGCCCUUGCCUCCUCACAUGGCCCAACCUGACGAUGAAAGCGGCGCGCCAACAUCGCACUCUGUGCUCCCCGACUUGGAUUCCCAAUCAGCUUCAGGGCUCCCAGGACCCAAUCCUUUUCUGCGAUCGUACACAGCUUCCACUGCUUAUACAACCAGCAGCGAAGCCGCCGACCCAUUCCAUAUUUCCACGCCAAAACCUGACAUAGUAGUAGGCCUUGAUGACCGGGCUUUCACACUCGCGCAUCGCAUUCAGCUCGCCAAACACCAAAGCCUUGGAUCGCUACUGAUCGACACGCAUAUCGAACCCAUGGGCCUGCAUUUCCCCUUUCUAAUCGCCGAAACAAAAGGGUUAAGCCUAAACGGGGGACUAGUAGCAGCACAGAACGAAGCUGCUAUUAAAUCCCCGCUCUGUUUCUCGAUUACGACUGAGGGCCCCAUACAUGAACUGUGGGUGCAUUUCAAACUCGGAGACGCGAUUUAUAUGUAUAAUAUUGGGACGUGGCGCACGACACAUGCACGCCAUGUAAGGGAGCUGGUGUACUGCCUGACUCGAAUUUUGACGUGGGCGAAAGAUGAGUUUAUGGAGAGGAUACGUGAGAAGCUGGAUGCGGUACUGGUGUGA